GCUCGGGAUUAUCCUCAAAGAUGACGCCAAUGAUGUUAUCAUAUGUACUGUCAUUGAAUGUGAAGAGUCCACUGAAAGUCACCAUAGAGUUCGCCGUUUUGUGCUAACAAAGAAUUCAAAGAUUUCCUUUGAUAUUGAUCUAAGUAUACCAGUGCCAAGUUUAGGUGGUGUUGAUGUCCAACUUGAUCUAUCGUUCCCAUUGUCUAUAACAAUGCUUAAUGACACACUUAUAUUAAAUCCAAUUACUAUUCCGUACGUUGUUAUGCCAGAAGCACAGGCAGCAGCCGUUCCACUCAACUAUCCGUCAUUUUUGCCAAAUUACUACAGUUAUGAUACAUACUAUGGGACGGCCAAUGCUUCGCCAUAUUUUGCUACACAUCAAGCAAUUAAGCGAAGUCUUGACGCCGCAGCAGCACAGCAUAGAUAUGAUCUCUUCAACUCAAUUGGUGACACUCUUGAAAGGUAUGGAAUCGACGGUCGGAACUGCAUUUACAGAGCAAUCUGUGAGUUAGCCACUACUCCAUUACUUAUUGAAUCAUCACUUCAUGAGAUAUUAGAGCAUAUAUUAGAUGUUUCGCGAUCUUAUGAUGAAGAAGGACUUCUUGAGGAACAUCUAAUGGCUCAACAAUAUGGCAAAGAAGGCAAAGAUUGUGCUCAAAAAUACAGUUCUUGUGGUUUUAGUAUAUUUAAAUAAAAAUUUAAGAU